GGCACAGGCGCAAUGCAGCGCUCGGCCCCGGCGCAGGCGUUUGGGUGUUGCUCCCGCCCCGCUUCCUCUACCGCUUCUCCACCGGGCUCGGGUGGGGCCGGGAGGCGGCGAGUGACAGCCACUGCGGGCCGCGGGAGCAGGGCGGGUGGCAGCCAUGUCGGACAGCGGGGCGAGCCGCCUGCGGAGGCAGCUGGAGUCGGGGGGCUUCGAGGCGCGGCUGUACGUGAAGCAACUGUCGCAGCAGUCGGACGGCGACCGCGACCUGCAGGAGCACCGACAGCGGGUGCAGGCGCUGGCGGAGGAGACGGCGCAGAACCUGAAGCGCAACGUCUACCAGAACUACCGGCAGUUCAUCGAGACGGCGCGCGAGAUCUCCUACCUGGAGAGCGAGAUGUACCAGCUGAGCCACCUGCUGACGGAGCAGAAGAGCAGUCUGGAGAGCAUCCCGCUGGCACUGCUGCCCGCCGCUGCCGCGGGCGCAUCCACGGGUGAGGACACGGCGGGCGCGGGACCGCGGGAGCGCGGGGCGGCCCAGGCGGGCUUUCUUCCGGGGCCGGCCGGAGUCCCUCGCGAGGGCCCCGGGACGGGAGAGGAGGGCAAGCAGCGAACGCUCACCACGCUGCUGGAGAAGGUGGAGGGCUGCAGGGACCUGCUGGAGACACCAGGUCAGUACCUUGUGUACAACGGGGACCUGGUGGAAUACGAGGCAGACCAUAUGGCCCAGCUGCAGCGAGUGCAUGGCUUCCUCAUGAACGACUGUCUGCUGGUGGCCACUUGGCUACCACAACGGCGAGGCAUGUACCGCUACAACGCACUCUACCCACUGGACCGCCUGGCUGUGGUCAACGUCAAAGACAAUCCACCUAUGAAAGACAUGUUCAAGCUGCUCAUGUUCCCUGAGAGCCGAAUCUUUCAAGCGGAAAAUGCCAAGAUUAAACGCGAGUGGCUGGAAGUGCUGGAGGAAACCAAGAGGGCGCUCAGCGACAAGAGGAGACGGGAGCAGGAGGAGGCAGCCGCCUUGCGUGCGCCACCACCGGUCACUUCCAAGGGCAGCAACCCGUUUGAGGAUGAGGCCGAGGAGGAACUGGCCACCCCGGAGGCAGAGGAGGAAAAGGUUGACCUUUCCAUGGAGUGGAUCCAGGAGUUGCCGGAAGACCUGGAUGUUUGUAUUGCGCAGAGGGACUUUGAGGGUGCCGUGGACUUGCUGGACAAAUUAAAUCACUAUCUUGAAGAUAAGCCCAGCCCACCUUCUGUGAAAGAGCUGAGGGCCAAAGUGGAUGAACGAGUGCGACAGCUCACCGAGGUGCUUGUGUUUGAGCUCUCCCCGGAUCGCUCUCUGAGAGGUGGCCCUAAGGCUACUCGAAGGGCAGUGUCUCAACUGAUCCGUCUCGGCCAGUGCACUAAGGCUUGUGAGCUGUUUCUGAGGAACAGGGCGGCAGCUGUGCAUACUGCCAUCCGCCAGCUUCGAAUUGAGGGCGCCACUCUGCUCUAUAUUCACAAGCUGUGCCAUGUCUUCUUUACCAGCCUCCUAGAGACUGCACGGGAGUUUGAGACAGACUUUGCAGGCACGGACAGUGGCUGCUACUCUGCCUUUGUGGUCUGGGCAAGGUCUGCCAUGGGCAUGUUCGUGGAUGCUUUCAGCAAGCAGGUUUUUGACAGCAAGGAGAGCCUGUCCACUGCUGCCGAGUGUGUGAAGGUAGCCAAGGAGCACUGCCAGCAGCUGGGAGAGAUUGGGCUGGAUCUCACCUUCAUCAUCCAUGCCCUCCUGGUGAAGGACAUCCAGGGGGCCUUGCUCAGUUACAAGGAGAUUAUCAUUGAAGCCACCAAGCACCGAAACUCGGAGGAGAUGUGGCGUCGGAUGAACCUGAUGACUCCUGAGGCCCUGGGCAAGCUCAAGGAGGAGAUGAGAAGUUGCGGGGUCAGUAACUUUGAGCAGUAUACGGGGGAUGACUGCUGGGUGAACCUGAGCUACACUGUGGUAGCCUUCACCAAGCAGACCAUGGGCUUCCUGGAGGAGGCACUGAAACUGUACUUCCCAGAGCUACACAUGGUGCUCCUGGAGAGUCUGGUGGAAGUCAUACUGGUUGCUGUGCAGCAUGUGGACUACAGCCUGCGCUGUGAGCAGGACCCAGAGAAGAAGACUUUCAUCCGGCAGAACGCAUCCUUCCUUUACGACACUGUCCUCCCAGUGGUGGAGAGGAGGUUUGAGGAAGGUGUGGGGAAGCCUGCCAAGCAGCUGCAGGACCUUCGGAAUGCAUCGAGACUCCUGCGGGUGAAUCCUGAGAGCACCACGUCUGUGGUCUGAGGCUCUGGUUCGAUGCUGUGUGUGCGUCUGUCUGUCUGUCUGUCUGUCUGUCUGUAUGUAUGUAUGUAUGUCUGUACACACACAUGUACUACAGAUGCAUUGUUUGUAUUCACAUUACACAAUAUCAACACAUUCCUCAGACACAAACAGCAUAUAAAAGUGCCCUCUUAAAAAUGCAGUCAAAA